AUGCCAUCCUUCAAGCCUCGACAUCUGCAACUACAUCACAUCGUGUCCGACGUGAUUCAAGCCGCCGCCUUCCCGCACACAGGAAGCCAUCCUGGCUCCAGGGGUAGAAUACGCCGCUAUCCCCAGCGUUGCAUUGUGGCGCUCCUAGAUCCCAUCAAAAUGUCGCUCAUCAUCCGUCUUGUGGCGUGCCCGUCUCGACGCAACCCAUCGGAUACUACUGGGAUUGCUGGCUAA